AUGUCUAAUAUUGACAAAUUGUUUAGUCCAACCACACGGAUCACGGACAAACUCGAGGACGUGCUACCAGCAUCAUUUAGAGAUGAUAAUUUGUUAUUUCAUGCCCCACUCGACGACAUCUCGAAAUUCUUAGAGUUGGAUCUUUCAGUCCAGCGCCUCAAUGACAUCCAAGAAUAUCUUUGGCUAGCAGGGCGGCCGAUGCCGCCCAGGCCAUUGAACUACCAGAUAUCGGUAUCUCGACAAAUAAUUCUGGAUGAAAAAGUCGACAUGCACUUAAUCUGGGGGCCAGGAAGACGCAUCCACAUCAAACCACUACCGCAGUACCUCCUCGAUUCUCGAUUUUGGUCUACGCAAUUACUAUGUAAUGAGAAUAUCUCCGGGUGUUACUGCUGCCAUAGUGAAAACAAUGGAUCUCUCAACACAUCAUUCACGCACCAACUCAACCAAACAAACACUGAAUCUGAGACCAACACCAAAACCAACACUAAAACCAACACCAACAUCCCCUGCCCAUGCUCAACCCUCAGCCAAUCAGCCCUAGGCUUCCUAAACUCCUACAUAGCGCUGAUCCAAUACCCAAGCGAUUUCCUCAUCGCGAAACAGCACAGCCUCCUCCCCGACACCCUAACAUGGCCCCAGUGGUCGGCGUUAGUCCAAAACUUGCUGAAAAACGACGUAAUCUGUCUCGACAAGAUAAAUCCGCGCUAUAGAUAUGGCGAGCUGCGCCUCUCACGUCUAAACAAAAUAUACUUCUGUGUCCGGGGCAGUUUCAUCCGUGGAUACAGACCAAAGUACCAGACUUUCCAGGAGCUGUUCCACGCGUACUUGACGCCCAUCACAGCUAUGACGGUGUAUAUUGCGCUCGUCUUGACGGCUAUGCAGGUUGGGCUUGGAACGGAGAGGUUGCAAAGUAGUCAGGCUUUUCAGAAUGCUUCGUAUGGGUUCACGGUGUUUUCUAUUCUGGGGCCUUUGUUACUUGUUUUUGUUGUUGUUGGGAUUGCCGGUGUGCAGUUGGGUGCGAAUGCUCUGGCUACUAUUGUUUUCAGGAGGGAGAGGUAUGGUUUCUUCAAGAAGAGGUUGAGGCGAGGUUGA